AUGGAACGGCCAUUCCUCACAGAAAACCAAGGAUAUCUGGUUCAUUGGGAUAUUCUAACCUGCACUCGUGAACUCAAUGCCACGAAAGAAGAGCUUGCUCAACGAAAUGAAGAAGUCAUGGAACUCAAAGCGGAGCAAAAUAAUACCCGACUUCUUCUUGAGCACCUGGAAUGUCUGGUGUCCAGACACGAGCGCUCUCUACGCAUGACCGUAGUGAAGCGUCACAAUCUUGCUUCAACAACAACAAUACCAGGAGGUGAUGAGUACAAUGGAAAUUCCAGUUCCAGUUCCAGUGGUAUCAGCUCAGAAGUCGAGGUACUCAAAGCGCUCAAAUCCCUCUUUGAACAUCACAAAGCCCUAGAUGAAAAGGUACGAGAACGGCUCAAAACAGCAAUUACUCGGGCAUCUCAAUUAGAGCAAGAACUCGCUGACUUAAAAGCGAAGCACCCCAUGUCAGAUGAUCGACACACCUCAUCAAUUUCUCCUAUAGGUAGACAUACCGAAAAGACGGAUGCUGAGACUCUAACCGAUCUCCCACUUGAAUUAAAACCAACCACAACCAGUCAACUUUCUUCAGGAUUAAAUUUUACCUACGACAGUUCGGUGAGUGUUUUAAUUGUAAAUGCCAAUUUAGAAAUAUAA